CUGACAUUCGUUUUUUCAUUGUCGUCGGAGAAAACGUAUCAUAUAGGGAUUUUUACGGCGACCGUGGUAAACAAUAUAUAUAUUUCUUUAAUUCUAAAAUUUUAAUGUAUUUUCAUUGUGUGAGUGUUAAAAAAUCCAUACAUAGAUAGCGCUUAAGCACUAUCCCUGUCUGCUUUGCCAGGAGGGCUCAAAAAAUCACACGGAGUGGUAUAGUAACGGCAGCAAAAAUGUUUGAAAUACGUAACAAAAACACUAUGGUCUUUAGUUCCAUGGUUAAGACUAUUCGGCAUAGUGUAGUAGGUACCCAUCCAUCUUGUCAUGUACAAGCACGUCUAGAGGAGCGACGUGCCAAAGCGCGAGCCCUACGGCAAGAACGACGACGAAAACCAGAUAAACCUGACGAUUUCGUUACUUACGACGAUUCUGGCAGUGAUGAAGAAACGCCACAGCAACAAGAAGAGGUGCUGAAUACAUCAUUCAAUCUAUGCGAUUAUUUACGUAGUAGGGAGACAGGCUUAAAAGAGCAACGUAGCUUCAACUUUGAGAAUACUAGCCGAUAUGUGCUAACACACGAUAUGUUGCGAGAAACCCAGAUACAUCUAGGUUAUAUCAAUAAGGUGUUUUGCUCCAAAUGGUUAAGCAAUCGUCAAGUGGUCUUUGGCACCAAAUGCAAUAAGUUACUGGUUUAUGAUGUAAAUAUGCGACGCGUGGAUGCGAUUCCAACACUUUCAAAUAAUCGUGCUAAUCACCCAGAAGUGCAAGGUGGUUUACAUGCUAUCGAAAUCAAUCCAAGCCGUUCAUUCCUUGCCACAGGUGCACGCAACUCCGCAGACAUCGCAGUUUAUCGCUUGCCAACACUAGACCCGGUUUGUGUGGGAGAAAAUGGACAUCGGGAUUUAAUUAUGGGCAUGUGUUGGUUAGAUGAUCAAUUCUUGGUGUCUGGCUCCAAAGACUCGCGUCUGUCGUUAUGGCGUAUAAACGAAGAUCUCAUGGAUUUUCCGGAUGGCGGUAAGGAAGCAUGUCCCACCUUCGCCACCAUUAAUCCAUUAUGUGUAAAAGAUGUACGCACAGCACAACGGAUUCGUUCGCUGUGUUUCAACAAAGAAUUCAAAGAAAUUGCAGCGCUUUCCCUCAACGGUUACAUACACAUUUUCAAUGCGGAAACAUUCAAACAAAAGUUAUCACGUAAACUGCCUAAUUGUCAGGAUAAUGUGAGCAUAGCUUAUCACAGUGAUGGACUCUAUGCUGUCGGCUGCCGCUCAUACACAAUACUGCUGGACGCACGUACACUGCAGACAAUCAAGAAGAUCACUUCACGUUACAAUGGUUGCGGCAUACGCGCCACCACAUUCGAAGGCAAUCUCCUCACAGUUGGUACAGGUUUGGGUAUGCUGUUGUUUUAUGAUCUACGUGCUGGUAAAUAUUUGGAAAGUAGCGUGAAUGCUUCGCGAACAGUGGCGCUCAAAUGUAGUAAAGGUAUUGUGUAUCCUGAAGAUGAAAUGGAUGGCUUCCAACAGGUGAAAUAUGUGCCAGCCAUUUACACGCAUUGCUACGAUAGUACAGGUAUGCGACUAUUUGCUGCUGGUGGUCCCCUACCUGCUACAUUAGUCGGCAAUUAUGCAGGGGUUUGGCAGUAAUUCCGUAAAACAAAUAUAAUAGUUAACUGUAACUUAGCUAAAAUAUUCAGAUACUCUAACUGUAUCUGUGUGUGAUUUUUGGAAGUAUUUCCAUAUUUAUUUUAUAAAUUAUUUUUAAAAUGCGUUUUGCAAGUGUAGUAGGCAAAUAUUUUCUUAUUGCAAUUGAAUAUUUUACUUACAGUCAUCAAUAAACCGGCAUCCUUUAGCAUUAAUUUUUUUAAAAAUAGAAACGGUUUAAUAAUAACUUUUGCUUGUGGAAGAUAUUAAAUAAAAAACAUAUAUUAAUUAUUUUAACAUUUUUUUAUUUAUUUUCUUCAUAUUAUUAUGAUUCAUUUCUCAAUUUAUAUGCGCUGUAUUCAUUUCAUAUAAAACUGAAAUACGCAAAUAAAUUGAUCCCAUCCACAAUAUAAAUUUUAGUCUUAUUUUAUCGAUGCUUUAUGAAUGAAUAUAUUGUGUUCAUUACUAUAUACACAUAUUGGCCACCUUCUACAAACUUUCAAGAAUUUAACAAAUAUUUAUUUACAUUUGGUACAUUUAUUAAAUUUUCAAUCAAUCUAUUGGAAUAAUGUUUGUUAGUUUUGUCGUCUUUCGAUUUUUUUAGUGGCAAUAUUUUUGAAAAAAAUAAUACUUUACACAAUUUGUAAUGCUGUUCGCUUUUAUACAUGUAUGUAUGUAAAUUAUAAGAUUAUUGUUGCCUAAAAUAUUUACAUUUACAAUAAUUACCUAGGAUAAAUAAAUUUCUUGCAAUAGCAAUGCGUAAUAAUUUUGCAAUAUAAAUUCUUAAAAUAUAAAACAAUUACAUUUAAUGACAAACAUAGUAAAAUACACAUUGACACAGAGUAAAGGAAGAAUAAAGAAUACUUUGAAAGCAAAUAAAAUGGACUGGAAUAUGAAAACAACAAAUAAAUGCUCUACUCAUUAUGAACUGUGUGUCUGGGUCGUUAAUUUUGUAUGUGGAUAUUUGCUAUUAACCGACUAAAUUUAUAUUUUAACACAAAUUAUAUGUUGUUGUUGUUAUUUUAACGCGUUAAUCAA